ACCGCCAUCAUCUCCGAAAAAAUUCUGAUUAAAACCUAAAAACUCAAAAUAGUGUUUCUCGUAAAAACAAGGAAAAAGUCUACAACUACAGAGCUCGGAAAAAGAGUGCCAAUCGCAAUUCACCAGCGCCGUCAUGCUGCCGGUUUACUGAUUCUAAUUAUUCUUCCGAUUCCUUCUGUUUUUCUUCUGAUUUCUCUAUUCCUUUCAUGGCGGAUCUGUACGGAACAGCUCCGCCGUCUAACGCUGAACCGGAGGAAAUCUCCACAUUCCUUAACCGGUUCCUCCAGAAUUCUGCUUCGUCAUCUUCGUAUAUGCAUUUGAGGAACAGGUACAUUCAGCCGCCAUCGUCUGCCGCGCUGGAUUCUUUACAGGCUUCGAUUGAUUGUGGCUCUGUAGUGGUAGUUCCGGGUGAGAAUCGGUACCGGUUGGGCGGAUCGGCGAGUGGACUUGAGAUGGAGGCCAGACUGAGGGACGGAGGAUCCGGUUUAAACUUCUCUGAUCCUGAAUCGUAUUUUAGAGCUAACGAUAGCGCUGAGAAUGCGUUCUGCUCUCUUGGAGACUUAAGUUGCGAAGGCGAGAAGGCUCCAGAGCGGUCGGUGUUACCGUCAAAUGCAGAGCGGCCACGGUCUUCCUCGAAAAGGAGUAGAGCGGCUGAGGUCCAUAAUUUGUCAGAGAAGAGGAGGAGGAGCAGGAUUAAUGAGAAAAUGAAGGCCUUACAGAAACUAAUUCCAAACUCUAACAAGACGGAUAAGGCUUCGAUGCUGGAUGAGGCCAUUGAGUAUUUGAAGCAGCUUCAACUUCAAGUUCAGAUGUUAUCUAUGAGAAACGGUCUGAGCUUGUAUCCAAUGUGCUUACCAGGAGUACUUCAGCCAACACAACUGCUUCCAACAGGUUUGGUCUAUGAACAGGGAAAUGCAGUCUUCAGUCAUAAUGCAGGAACAAUAGGCACAUUCUCUUCAAGCACAAGUGCUCCUUUUAAUGUUUCCAACCAAGCCACCAUCUCAAAUCAGCCAAUUGUUGCGCCUCCAAAUGCAAAUACAGCUAAUGUGGAAUUUUCAUUUGACUUUGAAGCAUCAGCCCGUGCUCACUAUGGGUCCUUCAGCCACUCUACAUCCUCCAAGGAAAUCUGUAAGGAAGGCACGUCACAACUUCAAUUAGAAAUGAAUCAUAUCGGGAACCACUCUUCAUCAGGCGUGUCAUAGUUAGCCAAUUGUUCUCCAGAAACAGGAUGUAUAAAACCAACCAUGACCACUGUAUGCAACAGCCCCUUUUGUUCACAUACCAUUGUUACUACCGUACAUCAUAUUGAAACUGAUGAUCUUUCACACUUGUUCUGGUAAUUUUCUUUGAGCUAUGAUAUGUUGACUCAUUAUGGGAUUCAACCUUUUGAUGUUCCUUGAUUUAUAGAGAAACCUCUUUUUCAGUUCCAAGUUUAGGUUCACCCAACCCCUCCCUCACUGAUAUCUAUCAGUCAUUGAUAUGUGUUACCAUAUGUUGAAAUCAAUGAUUUAUUUCUUGUGUAAAUUACACGUAAGCAUUUUGCUUGCAGCCAAUUGGUUCAGACAACAUCACAUCAAACAUACCAUAAGAAAUUACUAUGAUCUGAGAUUUUAUUGUAGGGUGUGAUACGCAGUAAAUUACUCUUAUUGAGUAUGCAGUGUGAGAUUGACAGGAUGGUUUUUAUUCUUUGCAUGGUAACUCAUAAGUUGUCUACUUUUUUGAGUAGCCAACAAAAUUAAAAAUGAAUUUAAAGAACAGAUAUUCAAUUUUCCUCUCUGUUUUUUUGGUUACAGUAAUGGAAGAUGAAUCACUGGAUCAGCAUUUCUUUGCGGGCUUGCACUAGCCUGAGCUGGAAUUUUAGGUGGGUCCUGGAAUGAAUUUGGGGUAUUCUGGAAUAAAGGCACUUUUUUACUAAAGGUUGUUAGUUUUAAUUGGCAAUGAUUAUAAAAGCUGAAAUAGGAACAAAAUCUUCAGCUUUACCCGUUUUUGUAUAAGAGAAUCUUCAAAAAGCUUGAUGAGUUACAAAUGUGUGGCAGUCAUUCUUCAGGA